UGUGAGUCUCUUGAGAUGAAAACAGUGCGAAUAACAGUUUAUAAAUCAAAAGACAGCAAUGUUAACUUGUGGGCUGGUGCUGUUGGCUGCCACAUUCGUUGCCAGCUCUGGCCUGGACUCUCUCUUCCCUGAGCAGAAGCAGUACCACUAUGACCUGAAGGCCAACGUGUCUGUUGGCAGUCUGGACUCCGCUAGUUAUUGGUCUAUGGGCGGUCGACUUCUGGUGCUCUUGUAUGAUAGGAAUAGGAUUAGAUUGCAGCUGGAAGGGUUACAGGCUUCACUGUGGAGCAGAAACAAUGGCUACGCAUCAUAUCACUCAGAAGAUGCUGUGUUCUACCUCUCUCAACCCUGGGAAGUGGAAUAUCAGGAAAAUGGUUUUAUCAGCUCUAUAUACUUUGGCAAUGAUACAACAUGGUCAAAGAACAUAAAACGUGCGAUAUCAAUUAACUUCCAAAUGAAGAAGGAUGUGGGGUCAUAUACCAAUACUGAACCAUGUCUCUACGCAAGCUGUGUAAUGAUCUACACGGCUCGUGGUAAUUCUAUAAAGAAGUACAGUUCGAUCCAAUUCUCUUCUGGUGGCAUGGAGUAUUCGUGGAGUUCUGUUCCUUGGGUCAAUAGCGUUGGACGUGUGCCAGAAAACAUCGCAACGUCCGAAAGGAUAUACGAGUUGGAUGAACAUGGAUUAACGAGCUUAAAUAUGAAGGGAGAUUUCCGAUACAAAGUCAAUGAACACAUUUUGAGCGUUACUUCAGAGCUAUCUCUCUACCUGGAUAGCGAAUCACCAGCACCACAAACAUCCAAACUAGAUAUAUCUAAGGAGACCAUUCAGUACCAGGCCAAUGAUUUUGCUGAUCCUACUAACGGUAUUCGAACGUCUAGUCAGGAACAUUUGAAGAAUCGAACUUAUGAGAUAUUAAUGAAAAUAGCAACAAAGGGAAUAGAUGCAGAUAACAUCGUCAGAAAUGAGGCUCUAAUACAUAGUUUGGAUUUCAUCGAUCUUCUGAAUACCGUAUCCCGCCUCUCCUAUGACUCUCUAGUACAGCUCUUCGCAGACCUAGUCCUAGGAACUAGUUAUGACCUAGAAACUGCUAGGAAUAUGUUCCUAGAAGUUCUGCCUCACGCUAGGAGUGAGGCGUGCGCAAGGUUCAUCAAGUAUCUUGUUAUAGAACAGAAGUCAAAAAUCGAAGACGCAACUCUCCUCUCGCUCAUACGAAAGCUCCCGUUCAACGUUGCUAUGGGCAACCACAGCCAAUCCCUUCUAGAAGACCUGGAGACAUUCACCAAGCUUGGUCUGGACUUUCCCACGGAUAUCCGUCAUGCUGGGAUCCUGUCGUUCGCCAUACUUGCAUAUAAAACUGCUGAAGCGAAUCAGGUGAAACAGGAUUAUUUUGACAAUCUGGUCGUGAAGUACUUCCGGAUGUAUAGUGAUUGUCCCCAAUACCUGGACAGGAUGAUCUGGUUGCAAGGUCUCUGCAGUUUGGGUUAUGCGGCAGAAUCCUACAUUCGAACCAUUUACAGUGAUACAAGUAGGAACAGACAUGAGAGGCUGUGGGCGUCUCUCGCGUGUGGUUUGGAGGCUAGAGGUUAUACGGCGCUAGAAAUAAGCCUACCCAUCCUGACGAACGACGCAGAGCAUAUACAACUUCGUAUCGCGGCGCUACACGCGAUCCUACGGUCCGACAUUCGAGCAACAGACUUUCUCUUCAUCCACAACUACAUAACGAGCUCUGAAGAUGACCAGCUCAAGAGAUUCUGGUACACCACUGUGAAGAGCUUGGAAACAAAUAAGUACUUUGAGGGGUAUAGCGCUGCAUCCUACUUCGUUCCAUUCGUAGCGAAGCAAGUCACCAACCCAGACACCACAUACUGGGCCACAAACAACUACAUCAUCACGAACGGAGAUGAGAACGGUGCAGCCUUCCAAAUGUUCAGUAUUGGGGAGGAGUCGAACGCCAUGCCGGCGAUGGCGAGUGCCACGAUUAGUUCUGGGGGGAGGAGGCCGUAUCAGGCUGCUAUAUAUUUGAUAGCGGAGGGUGUAUCAUCACAUAUAUUCAAGAAAAUGAGAUACUCAAAUGUGAAAGACAUGAAAGUGGAAACGCUGGUGAAAGUCUUGGAGAAGAUGAAGAUGUGGACAUUGAAAACACCGCAAGAGGUACACAUUGAUGUGGUAAUAAAGAUCCAGGAUAAAACUGUCUACGCAACACAUGUAAAUCAGACAAGAUUUAAUAGUUGGAACGGUGACGACAUGGCCAAAUCAAUUAUGGAGUUUCUACGCUUCGGAAGUCACAUAAACCAGCAAAUGGUGUACUACCCUACUCAAAUGGAAAUUAACCUGCCCAGUGAUUUAGGAACACCAGUACGUCUGCAAACAUUGAACAUGGCGUUCACAUCGGUCCGUGGAAAUCUCACAGCACCACCUGAUCCCUCACUCGAUCUGGAUUGGGAGAACGAUUUGCAUAUACGGUUCCAAGGCACACAAGUGACAUCUAUAUCAACAACAGCGCCGCUUCUUCAAUCAGAACAUGCAGCAAGGGUCCAGAGAUCUGUGGUAGCUCAUCUACCGAUCAAGUUCAAUGUUACCUGCCAGUCUUCUACGAGAUCUGUGGCUUUAACCUGGUUAAACCCAUUCGCUCAAAGGGCGGGUGUAGCCAUGCAUUCCAGGGUCCAAAUAACUAUGGAUUCGAAGUCAGGACGUGAUGCGUAUACUGUGUCAUCUAGACCUAUAUCUAAUGUAAAUGAAAAGGGCAUAUUCUUCGACUGUGAGCAGCAGACGUCUGGUUCUGAAGUAAUCGAGAAGUAUAUAAUGUCCAAAAUUAUCAACUACGAUACACCGCAUUCCCAAAAGACUAUCCUGGAUACUAUACACCAAUUGACCCCCCUCCCCGGGUGUGGGCUGAUUCUCCCCCCCACACGACAGGAACAAGGGGGGGAUGAAGUUAUACGAGUUAAGUUUACACUGGGCAACGUGUCUUUGGAAAGGAUAGACCGGGUCGAGGCUAAUUUUGGUGUCGUGUUGAGUUAUUAUAGUCUCGAUGAGAAGAAUGUGUUCUUGAAAAUCGACUCAAAUACGAAGAUACGAAGCGCAGGCCGUAAUGUGUCCGUAGAAUGGAAUUUAUAUGUGAAACAACCACACGCCGCAGACCCUAAGAGGACUCAUUGGAAGCUCUGCUACAAAGAAGACGACGUCAGCCACGCACCAGCAGAUGAAGACAUCACCACAACACCGUCCGCCUUCGAAGGCCGGACCACCAUCACGUACAGAUCAUCAGAUAAGUUCAGCAGCUGUGCCAUGGAUGAUAGCUCUAGUGUCUCCAUACGGUAUAGAGGUGCUCCGAAAUACGUGCAGGGGAGUUUGGAGAGACGAGUGGAUUUGCAAGUUAUGGGGCAGAGGCUUCAAGACUUCGACCUUCUACCAAAACUAGGUUUAAUGGGCGGCACUCCGGCUGGUCAGUUCCUUGGCAGCCUGGAUAAAGAUUCUAUCAAUGCUACUGCUGUUAUCAAGGAAAGAAAUGGAGUCGCAUCCUUGGUAGUCAACCAGGGACCAGAGAUGCAGUUUAAAUCGGAUAAUAUAGCGACACUACUUGAUAGUCUAACUGCUAUGCAGAUUAUGAAGAAGUUUGGUAUUUACCGGGAAUGCCGACUCCAAGAACUCACAGUUCAGACUCUAUCAGGAGGUGUGGAACAAUUGCAGCCCAUGCAUUGUGCUGAUAAUUUGGUGCUGGCUGACUGUUCUGCUGUUCCUAGUUUCGUAAUUCUUCGUCAAAAGGACGGCGGUAUCAAAAUGUAUGACGCUGAUCAUAGCGCAGCUGGCAAUGGAAACACGUCCGAAUCACCAUUAAUUCCGAUCAACGAUGGAGUCAGAGUGGCUUCAGAGUCUACAGGAGUGCUAAUUUAUAAGAAAUACAAUGAAACAGUAAUACUAGUUCCUUUUGCUUACAUGGACUCCGUUUGCGGAGAAUGCUUAGGACAAGAAUAUAAUAAUUGUUGAUCAUUUGUAUUCGAUAGGUAAUAUAUUUGAAUUAUAAGCCCAUAUCUUGCCCUAAAUAGACGAAAUGAGAAUCUAUAUAUAUACAAGCAUAAUUAGUUUUUUAAACCGUUUGAAUUUAUUACUACAAUUUUUAUUUAGAGACUUAUAUACUGAAAUAUACAAAAAUAAAAGCAAGGAGCAGUUUAGUGUAUUUGGCGGUCUUAUCACUUAGUAGUGAUCUCUUCCAGGCGACCAGGGCAGAAGGUAAUCAAGGUUGAUAUUUUGCCAUACGUGAUAAUAAUAUGUUUUAAAUAUAAUGUGAGACCACGUGAAUUUUCCUAUUUACCUAACAAACAUUUGUUUACUUUUUUUAAGUCAUAGCGGAUCCUUUUUUGCAGACCGUACCUAAGUGUCAGUAAUCGACGCGAAUUGCAAACUUAGUUUGGUCGAGUUGUAGGUACUUAUUAUAAAUUAAUUCAAGUGGACUUUCUUUUAGAAGUGCGUAAAGAAUAAGUUAUAUUUUAAAAUUGUAUUAAAUACUUCUACAGAUUAUUUUAAUUAAAAAUAGAUUCGAUUAUAAAUAGUUCGGACACAAUACUAGGGCAAAGGGCGUUAAACCUAACAAUUAUAUCAAAUACUAUAAAUAUUAUUAGAUAUAAGAUACUGUUUAGUUCUAAGAUACAGAUGUAAAUAAAUAUCUGAAAUAA